AGUGACAUUUGAGCAUUGAAAUCGAGCAAUGAAGCGCUUCAUCUACAUAAACGAUGAUGAUUCCACGCACUAUCCUUACUGCGACAACCGCAUCUCCAAUCGGAAGUACACUGUCUUCAACUUUCUCCCCAAGAAUUUAUGGGAGCAAUUCAGCCGCUUUAUGAAUCAGUACUUUUUGCUGAUUGCUUGCCUUCAGCUAUGGUCACUUAUUACUCCGGUAAAUCCUGCCAGCACAUGGGGUCCGCUUAUCUUCAUUUUUGCAGUCUCUGCAACAAAAGAGGCGUGGGAUGAUUACAACAGAUAUCUCUCAGACAAGAAGGCAAAUGAGAAAGAAGUUUGGGUUGUUAGGCAUGGCAUCAAAAAACAUAUACAAGCGCAAGAUAUUCGUCUUGGUAACAUAGUCUGGCUGCGGGAGAAUGAUGAAGUGCCAUGUGACCUCGUUUUGAUUGGUACAUCUGAAGCGCAAGGCCUAUGCUAUAUAGAGACUGCAGCCUUAGAUGGAGAAACUGAUCUGAAGACCAGGGUCAUACCACCAGCUUGUAUGGGGAUAGAUCUUGAAUUGUUGCACAAAAUUAAGGGUGUAAUUGAGUGCCCUAAUCCUGAUAAGGAUAUCCGAAGAUUUGAUGCAAAUAUGCGGUUGUUUCCUCCAUUCAUUGAUAAUGACCUCUGCCCAUUAACCAUAAAGAAUACUAUUCUUCAGUCAUGUUACUUGCGAAAUACAGAGUGGGCCUGUGGAGUAGCAGUCUAUACUGGAAAUGAAACCAAGCUUGGUAUGACUAGGGGAAUUCCUGAGCCAAAGCUUACAGCUGUCGAUGCUAUGAUUGAUAAGUUGACAGGAGCUAUCUUUGUUUUCCAAGUAGUGGUGGUUAUGGUUCUAGGUGUUGCCGGUAAUGUCUGGAAGGAUACAGAAGCAAGGAAGCAAUGGUAUGUUCAAUAUCCAGAUGAAGGUCCUUGGUACGAACUGUUGGUGAUCCCUCUUCGCUUUGAACUACUUUGUUCCAUCAUGAUACCUAUAUCAAUUAAGGUAUCUCUUGACCUUGUCAAAAGCUUGUAUGCAAAGUUUAUUGAUUGGGAUACUAAAAUGAUGGACCGAGAAACGGCUACUCCAGCCCAUGCAACAAAUACAGCAAUAAGUGAAGACCUGGGACAAGUUGAGUACAUAUUGACUGAUAAAACUGGUACCCUCACAGAAAAUAAAAUGAUAUUUAGAAGGUGUUGUAUCAAUGGCAUUUACUACGGGAACGAGAAUGGAAAUGCCUUAAAAGAUGAGGAGCUCCUUGAUGCUAUUUCCAGCGGCUCCUCUGAUGUUAUACGUUUCCUUACAGUUAUGGCGAUAUGUAAUACAGUCAUACCCGUUCAAAGCAAAACUGGAAGCAUCGUGUACAAGGCACAAUCUCAAGAUGAGGAUGCUCUUGUUCAUGCUGCUGCUCAGCUACAUAUGGUUUUUGUCAAUAAAAAUGCAAACAUUCUUGAGAUCAAAUUCAAUGGUUCUACAGUUCAGUAUGAAGCCUUGGAAAUUCUGGAGUUCACUUCUGAUAGAAAAAGAAUGUCAGUAGUGGUAAAGGAUUGUCACAAUGGAAGGAUUAUUCUUUUAUCAAAGGGAGCAGAUGAAUCUAUUCUUCCUUAUGCAUGUGCUGGACAACAAACAAGGACAAUUGUUGAAGCUGUUGAGCAAUAUGCUCAGUUGGGACUACGGACACUGUGUCUAGCUUGGCGUGAAUUAAAAGAAGAGGAAUAUCGAGAAUGGUCUUUGAUGUAUAAGGAGGCUAGCAGCACAUUGGUUGAUAGGGAGUGGAGGCUAGCGGAGGUCUGUCAAAGAUUAGAACAUGAUUUUGAAAUACUUGGGGUUACUGCAAUAGAGGAUCGCCUACAGGAUGGUGUCCCAGAGACGAUUAAGACGUUGAGGAAGGCUGGCAUAAAUUUUUGGAUGCUUACUGGAGACAAGCAGAACACUGCCAUACAGAUAGCUCUUUCAUGCAAUUUCAUUUCCCCAGAGCCAAAAGGCCAGCUUUUGUUACUUGAUGGGAAAACUGAAGAUGAAGUUCAUAGAAGUUUAGAGAGAGUUUUACUUACAAUGCGGAUAACAACUUCAGAACCUAAGGAUGUGGCAUUUGUAAUUGAUGGCUGGUCCCUUGAAAUUGCACUUAAGCAUUAUCGGAAAUCUUUUACUGAGUUGGCAAUAUUGUCAAGGACUGCUAUAUGUUGUCGCGUGACACCAUCACAGAAAGCUCAGCUUGUGGAGAUUUUAAAAUCGUGUGACUAUAAAACAUUGGCCAUUGGUGAUGGUGGGAAUGAUGUGAGAAUGAUACAACAAGCUGACAUUGGUGUUGGCAUUAGUGGGAGAGAAGGAUUGCAGGCAGCUAGGGCCGCUGAUUAUAGUAUUGGGAAGUUCAGGUUCCUGAAAAGAUUGAUACUUGUUCAUGGGCGUUACUCAUACAACCGCACAGCAUUUCUGUCCCAGUAUUCAUUUUACAAGUCAUUGGUCGUAUGUUUCAUCCAGAUUUUUUUCUCUUUUGUUUCAGGGGUCUCUGGAACCAGUCUCUUCAAUUCUGUUAGCUUGAUGGCUUAUAAUGUCUUCUACACCAGUGUUCCUGUUCUAGCCAGUGUUCUUGAUAAAGAUCUUAGUGAGGAAACUGUUAUGCAGCAUCCACAGAUUCUAUUCUAUUGCCAAGCGGGAAGACUUCUGAAUCCUAGCACAUUUGCUGGAUGGUUUGGGCGAUCCCUUUUCCACGCAAUUGUUGUAUUUGUGAUCAGCAUACAUGCUUAUGCUUAUGAAAAAAGUGAAAUGGAUGAGAUUUCACUGGUGGCACUAUCUGGAUGUAUUUGGUUGCAGGCUUUUGUAAUGACAUUAGAGACGAACUCCUUUACUAUAUUGCAACAUCUUGCAAUAUGGGGUAAUUUAGCUGCCUUCUACAUCAUCAACUGGAUCUUCAGCGCCAUUCCAGGAUCAGGGAUGUAUACAAUUAUGUUUCGCUUGUGUAGAGAGCCUUCUUACUGGAUCACUAUCUUGCUCAUAGUUGCAGCAGGAAUGGGUCCGAUUCUAGCUUUGAAGUACUUCAGGUAUACAUAUAGGCCAAGCAAAAUCAAUACACUACAGCAAGCUGAACGAUUGGGAGGGCCUAUCUUGUCAAUUGGGAGUAUUGAGCCACAGACAAGAGGCAUAGAAAAUGAAGUUUCUCCAUUAUCAAUUACUCAACCAAAGAACAGAAAUCCGAUUUUUGAACCUCUGCUGUCAGAUUCACCCAAUGCUACACGAAGAUCUUUUGGUUCUGGAACACCUUUUGAUUUCUUUCAGUCACAGUCUAGAUUGUCCAUGUCUAACUACUCAAGAAAUUGCAAGGACAAUUGAGUUUCCCAAUAAUUUUAGUUGGGAAAAGCUAACAG